GCAUCAGUCUUUCCGGUCCCACGAUCGAUUGCUGGUGGCAGCUGCUUGCAUUUACCUGGCCGCCAAGGUGGAAGAGCGGAACAACGUGAAGCUAUCCCUCAUCGUCGUGGCGUAUUUGAAACGACUGGGAGUGCUUCCUCCAGAGGUGGACGCCCAGGAUUACAACAGGAACGCCGUGGCCCGCGAAGAAGUGCCGACGUGGAAGUCACGGGUCAUCACGUACGAGCGCUGUCUUCUGUACACCAUGGCUUUCGAUCUCACGGUCGUCCACCCUUUCAAAGCCUUGCAGGAUUUGAUGAAGACGGUGCGCGACGUGAUGGCGGAGGAAGGGAAAAAAACGGGACUGUCGGGGGGCCCCGGGAAGGCCCUGGCGUCACUCCCCUUCCCCUCCGCCUCGAGCUCGUCCGCUGUCUCGGCCUUGGACCAUCGGAC